AACAAAAUGAAACCUCCGAUAAUUAUUUGAGUUUACAUCACUUCGUGAUGGAAAAUUGUUUGUUGGUGCCUUAGUGCACUACAGUAACCUUGCCGGCUUUACAAUAGUAAGGUUAAACUUCAUGCGAUACAUAUUGAGAGGCGUUUCUUAGAAGAAUAACAUUUCCUGUCACAUAAUUUACAAUGGAACUUCCACCGUUUGAUCUACUAUGGAGUGCAUCUGAAAAACUUAGUGAAUUAGAAACAGCUCUUGAAGAACUGGAUCAAACCAAACUGUUCACAGAUGUUGGUAGACGUAGGAGAAGGCGAAGAAAUGGAGGCUUAUAUGGUAUGGGUUUUGAAGCAGAAGAUCAUGAUUAUUACAAACCUGUGGAGGUAUGCUGUGAUAUUGCUUUCUACACUGAAGAAGAAUACAAAAAGCAUUUAGAUGGUCAUAUUGAAUGCCCUGUUGAAGGAUGUUCAUUUACAUCGCAUCAAAAGGCAAUGCGUAUCCAUAAAGAAGUGGUUCAUGAUAGUGGUCUAUUUGAUACAAUCUAUCGUCAAACAUGUGAUAAGUCUGUAAAAAUUUGGAGAGAAAGUCGCAAAAGAAACUACCCAACUUUGGAAAGAGUUGAAGCUAAAAAGAAACUUGUCGAAGGACGUAUAGAAAGAGGACAGAUAUUUGAGACACCUAAAUUCGGGUCUAUGCAUAAACCAAAUUCAAAUGUCCUGCGUCAGUCUUCUGUCAAUGUAUCAUCAAAAUCAAUAUCUCCUGAUAAGACCCCAUCUUCAGCCGGUAAGGAUAAUGCUAAGCCAACAGAAUCACAUGCAGUGGAUGAUUUAUCAACAACAGAUAAUGCUAGCCAAGAAUCUGAUAUAGUACGCUUAGUUCCUAUGGAUUAUGAUAGUGAGAAUACAGAUAGUGCAAAUUCUCCUGUUAAAGAUACAACUGUAUGUGAUACGAAAGAAACAACCACAGAAUCAGUACAGAAGUCAAAUGAUAAGCUGGAUAACCGACGUCGUAAGCGAGGAAGACGACAAAGAAAUAAAAAUACCAGGGAUGUUGAAAUAUCUACAAGCAAUAAAGAAGGAGAAGUGGAUGCUGAUUCUAAAAAUGAUCCUUUCGCAUCGCAUCCAUUAGUGAAACUUCAAGCAAAACGACGACAAUGCCUAAGUAGUAUCCAUAGUAUACACAGUCGACCCACACUGCUACAAAUGUUGUUGGCAGAAGAUAUUCGCAAAGAACGUAAUCAACUUAUGCAGUGUAUACGGUAUAUUGUGAACGAAAAUUUUUUCCAAGAAUAAUCAUCAGCCCGUGAUAUUAAACCCUGAUGUGAAUGGGGGAAAAAUACAAAAAUAUUGUGUAUAUAUGCUCUGUUGAAUCACAUUUGUAUAUUUUAAAAAGAAUAUAUUGUUAAUUAUUUA